AUGCCCGUGUCCACGCCUCCCAAGCGUCAGGUGCCCGCCAGCACCUGGGCCACACCCGCGCACGCCGCGCUGCGACAACCGCCAGCUUCCUUGAAAAGACGGCUCAACGGUAUCUGGGACGACGGCACGUGGUGGUGCAACUGCGAACCUCGCAGCAGAGCCGUCCGGCGUGAAUCCAAGAAAAACAACCGGAACAAGGGCAGGCUGUACUGGACCUGCGCCUACUCGUCCUGCAAAUUCUUCCUCUGGGAAGAGGAGGCCGCCGUGCGAGAACCCGCCGCCAGCCGCGGCCAUGACCAUGACGGUCAUGGUCAUGGCCUUGGUGAUGAUGAACCAGAACCCCUCAGGCCCAAGACGCCGACUUUUACGCAGCGGCCCCUGGAGUCGUAUGGCAUCCUGAAAACGCUGACGCGGCGGGGCUCGGCAACGAAAAGAAGCGGCGGCAACAUGGCCUUCGAGUCGAGCGCAUCUGCCACCACUGCUAGCUUCAGCAGCGGGCUGACCGUAAGAAACGAACCCUCGCGCACAUCGGCGGCUCAGCCCGACACUCCCGGCACCAAAAGGAAGCGGCACCAGCGGCAAACGUCCUCCUACGGCGAGUUUAGCGACCUGGACUCGGACGAGGAACGGCAACUCGCCCGACUCGCCGACCGAGGCGCCCGGCCGACAACCCCACGAGCGGCCACGGCCACGAGAGACGUCUUCACCACGCCCGCCACCGAGACCCGCGCCAUUGACGUGAUCGGCGGCCUUCCCACGCCUUCCGUCUCCAGAAUCCUGUUCCCCCCCUCCGAGGCUCCGAGGUUCAAGACGGUGUCGUUUGAAGAGCCCUUGUCCACCGAGGCUGUCGUGACGCCGACCAAGGCGCCGCCGUCGUCGCACGCACACGCCAAUGCCGUCUCUCCGCCAAUCAGCCCGUGCAACGCUGUUCAAGACUUGACCAGUCUCGUAAUGGAUCUUCUCCGAGACCAGCCUGUUGACCGAGGCGUCGCGGGCUCCCUCCGCAAGGCGCUGGACGCCUGGGGGCGAAAAACGGCGGGAAUCGCCAAAGGCCGCGACGCCGCCCGUGCCGCGGCCAAGCAAAAGCAAGCUCGCAUCUCCGAGCUGGAGGAGACGGUUCGCGCGUUGCAAGGGAAGCUCAAAUACCAGGAGGAAAAGAUGACGGAGACGAAGCGGAAAAUCCAGGACGCCUACGACGUCAUUUGA